AUGGGGCUGCUACUAGCCUGCCUGGUGGCCCUCUGCCUGGCCCUAAACUUGGCCAGGGGCAAGGAGGUGCAGAGAGAGGGCAGGACACAGAACCACGGCCACAACGUCUGCAGCACCUGGGGCGACUUCCACUACAAGACCUUCGACGGCGACAUCUUCCGCUUCCCCGGCCUCUGUGACUACAACUUCGCCUCAGACUGCAGGGACGCCUACAAGGAGUUCGCUGUGCACCUGAAGCGGGGCGCAGGCAGUGACGGGCGCCACCCCCAGGUCGAGUACAUCCUGCUGACCAUCAAGGACGACACCAUCUACCUCACCCACCAGCUGGCCGUGCUGAACGGGGCCUUGGUCAGCACCCCGCACUACAGCUCCGGGCUGCUCAUUGAGAAGAAUGACGCUUACACUAAGGUCUACUCCCGCGCUGGCCUCACCCUCAUGUGGAACCGGGAGGACUCGCUCACGCUGGAGCUGGACAGUAAAUUCCAGAACCACACAUGUGGCCUCUGUGGGGACUACAAUGGCCUGCAGACCCACUCUGAGUUCCUCUCAGACGGCUUGCCCUUCAGUGCUGUCCAGUUCGGGAACAUGCAGAAGAUCAACCAGCCUGACGUGGUGUGUGAUGAUCCCGAGGAGGUGGCGGCCCCCAAGUCCUGCUCUGAGCACCGCGCCGCGUGUGAGGAGUUGCUGACAGCCGCGGCCUUCGAGGGCUGCCUGGAGCUGGUGCCGCUGGAGCGGUACGUGCAGGCCUGCAUGCAGGACCGCUGCCAGUGCCCGAAGGGUGCCUCCUGCACCUGCAGCACCCUCGCCGAGUUCUCCCGCCAGUGCUCCCACGCCGGCGGGCGGCCCGGGAACUGGAGGACCGGGACGCUCUGCCCCAAGAGCUGCCCCGGGAACAUGGUCUACCUGGAGAGUGGCUCGCCCUGCAUGGACACCUGCUCCCACCUGGAGGUCAGCAGCCUGUGCGAGGAGCACCCCAUAGACGGCUGUUUCUGCCCCGAAGGCACCGUGUACGAUGACAUCAAGGGCAGCGGCUGCAUCCCCGUGAACCAGUGCCACUGCAAGCUGCACGGACACCUGUACAAGCCUGGCCAGCAGGUCACCAACAACUGCGAGCAGUGCGUCUGCAACGCUGGCCGCUGGGCCUGCGAAGACCUGCCGUGUCCCGGGACCUGCGCGCUGGAGGGCGGCUCCCACAUCACCACCUUCGACGGGAAGAGGUACACCUUCCAUGGGGACUGCUACUACGUGCUGACCAAGAGCGACCACAACGACUCCUACGCCCUCCUGGGCGAGCUGGCCCCCUGCGGCUCCACGGAUAAGCAGACCUGCCUGAAGACGGUGGUGCUGCUGGCUGACAAGAAGCGGAACGUGGUGGCCUUCAAGUCGGACGGCAGCGUGCUGCUGAACGAGCAGCAGGUGAACCUGCCCCACGUGACAGCGAGCUUCUCCAUCUUCCAACCGUCCUCGUACCACCUCACCGUCAACACCGCCCUUGGCCUCAGGCUGCAGGUGCAGCUGGAGCCCGUCAUGCAGCUCUUCCUGACGCUGGACCAGGCGGCCCAGGGCAGCGUGCAGGGCCUCUGCGGGAACUUCAACGGCCAGGAGGGCGAUGACUACCAGACUGCCGGUGGGCUGGUGGAGGCCACGGGGGCCGGCUUUGCCAACACCUGGAAGGCCCAGUCGAGCUGUGGGGACAAGCAGGACUGGCUGGACGACCCCUGCUCCCUCAACAUCGAGAGCGCCAACUAUGCCGAGCACUGGUGCUCCCUGCUGAAGAACACAGAGACCCCCUUCGGCAGAUGCCACUGGGCUGUGGACCCAGCCGAGUAUUACAAGAGGUGCAAAUACGACACGUGCAACUGUGAGAACAACGAGGCCUGCUUGUGCGCUGCCCUGUCCUCCUACGCCCGCGCCUGCGCCGCCAAGGGCGUCACGCUGUGGGGCUGGAGGGAGCAAGUUUGUAACAGGGAGGUGGACUCCUGCUCCAACUCGCAGAUCUUCCUCUACAACCUGACCACCUGCCAGCAGACCUGCCGCUCGCUCUCUGAGGCUGACACCCACUGCCUCCAGGGCUUCACGCCAGUGGACGGCUGCGGCUGCCCCGACCACACCUUCCUGGACGAGAAGGGCCGCUGCGUGCCCCUGGCCAAGUGCUCCUGCUACCACCGCGGCCUCUACCUGGAGGCGGGGGCGGUGGUCCUGAGGCAGGAGGAGCGAUGCGUGUGCCGGAACGGGAGGCUGAACUGCGUUGCCAUCAAGCUGAUCGGCCCGAGCUGCAAAGCCCCAAAGAUCCACAUCGACUGCAACAACCGGACAGCGCUGGCCAUCCGGAACCCCCGCCCUGUCAGCUGCCAGACGCUGGCUGCCGGCUAUUACCAGACAGAGUGUGUCAGCGGCUGUGUGUGCCCCGAAGGGCUGAUUGACGACGGCCGUGGCGGCUGCGUCGUGGAGGGGGACUGCCCGUGUGUGCACAACAAUGACGUGUUCUCCCCCGGGGACAAGAUCAAGGUGGAUUGCAACACCUGCACCUGCCAGAGAGGGCGCUGGGCAUGCACCCAGUCCAAGUGCCAUGGCACCUGUGUCAUCCAUGGGAGCGGCCACUACAUCACCUUUGACGGGAAGUACUACAACUUCGACGGACACUGCUCCUACGUGGCGGUUCAGGACUACUGUGGACAGACUUCCUCGCUGGGCUCCUUUAGCAUCAUCACCGAGAACGUCCCCUGCGGCACCACGGGCGUCACCUGCUCCAAGGCCAUCAAGAUCUUCAUUGGGAGGACAGAGCUGAAGCUGGAGGACAAACAGCGCACAGUGAUCCAGCGCGACGUGGGCCACCACGUGGCCUACACCACGCGGGAGGUGGGCCAGUACCUGGUGGUGGAGGCCAGCGUCGGCAUCAUUGUUAUCUGGGACAAGAAGACCACCAUCUUCAUCAAGCUGGCCCCCUCCUACAAGGGCACUGUGUGUGGCCUGUGCGGGAACUUCGACCAGCGCUCCAGCAACGACUUCACCACGCGGGACCACAUGGUGGUGGGGAGUGAGCUGGACUUCGGGAACAGCUGGAAGGAGGCCCCCACCUGCCCGGACGUGAGCGCCACCCCCGAGCCAUGCACCCUGAACCCGCACCGCCGCUCCUGGGCUGAGAAGCAGUGCAGCCUCAUCAAGAGCUCGGUCUUCAGCACCUGCCACAGCAAGGUGGACCCCAAACCCUUCUAUGAGGCCUGUGUCCAGGACUCAUGUUCCUGCGACACGGGUGGCGACUGCGAGUGCUUCUGCUCUGCCGUGGCCGCCUAUGCCCAGGAAUGCACCAAGGAGGGGGCCUGCGUGUUCUGGAGGACGCCGGACCUGUGCCCCAUAUUCUGCGACUACUACAACCCCCCGCACGAGUGUGAGUGGCAUUACGAGCCCUGUGGGAACCGCAGCUUCGAGACCUGCAGGACCGUCAACGGCAUCCACUCCAACAUCUCCGUGUCCUACCUGGAGGGCUGCUACCCCCGGUGCCCUAAGAACAGGCCCAUCUAUGAUGAGGACCUGAAGAAGUGCGUCACAAGAGACAGAUGUGGCUGCUAUGUCGAGGACACCCACUACCCACCUGGAGCAUCCGUUCCCACGGACGACAUCUGCCAGUCUUGCGUGUGCACCGACUCCUCGAAGGUCGUCUGCCGGCCCGAGGAAGGGAAGAUUCUCAACUACACCCAGGAUGGCUUCUUCUGUUACUCGGAGACAUGUGGGCCCAAUGGGGCGGUGGAGAAGCACUUCAACAUCUGUACGACUACCCCACCACCCUCAUCCACCACCAUGACCCCUGGCCCCUCCACCACCACCGCCACCGCCACCACCUCGACCACCACCUCGACCACCACCACCACCUCGACCACCAUAGGCAAGGCCCCCAGGCCGUGCUGCUUCUGGUCCAACUGGAUCAAUGAGCAUCACCCCAGGACCGACAUUGACAGUGGAGACUGGGAGACGUUCGACAGGGUCUGCCGGGCCCCCGAGGACAUCCAGUGCAGGUCGGCCGUGGAGCCGCAGCUCAGCUGGGAGGAGCUGGGCCAGAGGGUGCAGUGCAACGUCUCGUCUGGGUUCAUCUGCAAGAACCAAGACCAGUUUGGAACCGGACCAUUUGAAGUCUGUUACGACUACGAGAUACGUGUCUUUUGUUGCCAGCCAAUGUAUGAGUGUCCUACAACCACCACCACGGAGACCACAACCCCAACAACUACCCACCCCCCUACCACCACCACAGGGACCCCAACACCGACCCCCACCAGUGAGACUCCUACCCCAUCCUCCACCACCACAGGGACCACAACCCCCCCCACUACCACCACCACUACCUCCACAGGGACCCCAACCCCAACCCUCCCUCCCACCACCCCCACCACUACCCUGACCCCUGGGUCCACAACGCCCACCACUACCACCACCCCAGGGACCCCCACACCAACCCCCACCACUGCCACCACAAGUGAGACUCCUACCCCACCCUCCACCACCACAGGGACCACAACCUCCACCACUAUCCUGACCCCAGUGUCCACAACGCCCACCAGUACUACCAUCCCGGGAACCCCUACACCAACCCCUACCAUCACCACCACAAGUGAGACUCCUACCCCACCCUCGCCCACCCCAGGGCCCACAACCCCCACCACUACGCCAACCACAGGGUCCACAGCACCCACCACCACCACGACACCAGGGACACCCACACCAACCCCUACCAUCACCACCACAAGUGAGACUCCUACCCCAGCCUCCACCACCGCAGGGCCCACAACCCCCACCACUGCCACCACACCAGGGACCACAACACCAACUUCCACCAUCACCACCACAAGUGAGACUCUUACCACACCCUCCACCACUACAGGGACCACAACCUCCACCACUACACCCACAACAGGGACCACCACCCCCAGUACUACUGUGACCCCACAGUCCACAACGCCCACUGGUACCACCACCCUGGGGACCCCCACACCAAUCCCUACCGUCACUACCACAAGUGAGACUCUUACCCCACCCUCCACCACCACAGGGACCACUACCUCCACCACUACGCCCACAAUCCCCACCACUAUCACCACGGUGCAGACCCCAACACCGACCCCCACCAUCACCACCACUCCCUCCACACAGCCCCCAACCCCAACACCCACCACGACCCCCACCACCACCUCGACCAUGACCACCACUCCAUGUUUGGACUGCAUAUGGACUGGCUGGCUGGAUUCUGGUAAACCAGCAUUUACCAAACCCGGUGGAGACAUUGAAUCCAUUGGAAACGUCUGUGGACCACGCAGCGCAGUCAACAUCUCCUGCAGAGCCAGUAUGUACCCCAACAAACCCAUCGCGCAGCUCGGACAGAAGGUGGUGUGCGACAUUUCUGUUGGGCUGGUGUGCAAAAACGAAGAACAGACGCCAGGGGGAGCCAUCCCCAUGCCUUACUGCCUCAACUAUGAGAUCAACGUCUACUGCUGUGGGUACUUUCCCCCUCACUGCACACCUUCCCCCCCCACAGAGACCACAACCCCAACUGGCCCCCCGACCACCACUGCUACUACCACCACAGAGACCAGAACACCCACCACUAGCACCACCACAGGGCCCACUCCCCCCGCCACUCCCCCCACCCCAGGGACCACCUCCCCCACCACUCCCCCCACCCCAGCGUCCACAACCCCUGCCACUACCCUGACCCCUGGGUCCACAACGCCCACCAGUACUACCAUCCCGGGGACCCCCACACCAACACCUAACAUCACCACUACAAGUGAGACUCCUACCCCACCCUCGCCCAACACAGGGACCACCACGCCCAGCACUACCAGCACGCCAGGGACCACCACCCCCACCACGACCCGGACCCCCAGGUCCACAACACCCACCACUACUCCCAUCACAGAGACUACAGCCGCCACCACUACCACCAACCCAGGGUCCACAACACCCACCACUGCCACCACCCCAGGGACCCCAACACUAACCCCAACCACUGCCACCACAAGUGAGACACCUACCCCACCCUCCACCACCACAGAGACCACAACUUCCGCCACUACCACCACACCAGUGGCCACAACCCCCACCACUAGCCCCAUAACAGGGACUACAGCCCCCACCACUACCACCACCACAGCGCCCACAACACCCACCAGUAUCCCCAUCACAGGGACUACACCCCCCACCCCGACCACCACAGUGCCCACAACCCCCACCACCACCCCCAUCACAGAGACUACAGCCAGCACGACUACCACCACCCCAGUGCCCACUACCCCCAUCACAGGGACUACAGCCCCCACCACUACCACCACCUCAGCGCCCACAACCCCCACCACUACCCCCAUCACAGAGACUACAGCCCCCACCAGUACCACGACCUCAGCGCCCACAACACCCACCAGUACCCCCAUCACAGGGACUACACCCCCCACCACUACCACAACCACAGCGCCCACAACCCCCACCACUACCCCCAUCACAGAGACUACAGCCACCACCACUACCACCACCACAGCGCCCACAACCCCCACCACUACCCCCAUCACAGAGACUACAGCCCCCACGACUACCACCACCACAGUGCCCACAACACCCACCACUACCCCUAUCACAGGGACUACAGCCCCCACCACUACCACCACCUCAGCGCCCACAACCCCCACCACUACCCCCAUCACAGGGACUACAGUCCUCACCACUACCACCACCUCAGCGCCCACAACCACCACCACUACCCCCAUCACAGGGACUACAGCCGCCACCACUACCACCACCACAGCACCCACAACACCCACCAGUACCCCCAUCACAGGGACUACACCCCCCCCCACCACCACCACAGUGCCCACAACCCCCACCACCACCCCCAUCACAGAGACUACAGCCAGCACCACUACCACCACCCCAGUGCCCACUACCCCCAUCACAGGGACUACAGCCACCACCUCUACCACGACCUCAGCGCCCACCACCCCCACCACUACCCCCAUCACAGAGACUACAGCCCCCACCACUACCACAACCUCAGCGCCCACAACACCCACCAGUACCCCCAUCACAGGGACUACACCCCCCACCACUACCACCACCACAACGCCCACAACCCCCACCACUACCCCCAUCACAGAGACUACAGCCCCCACCACUACCACCACAACAGUGCCCACUUCCCCCACCACUACCCCCAUCACAGAGACUACAGCCCCCACGACUACCACCACCACAGUGCCCACAACACCCACCACUACCCCCAUUACAGGGACUACAGCCCCCACCACUACCACCACCUCAGUGCCCACAACCCCCACCACUACCCCCAUCACAGGGACUACAGUCCCCACCACUACCACAACCUCAGCACCCACAACCACCACCACUACCCCCAUCACAGGGACUACACCCCCCCCCACCACCACAACCACAGCGCCCACAACCCCCACCACUACCCCCAUCACAGAGACUACAGCCACCACCACUACCACCACCACAGUGCCCACAACACCCACCACUACCCCUAUCACAGGGACUACAGCCCCCACCACUACCACCACCUCAGCACCCACAACCCCCACCACUACCCCCAUCACAGGGACUACAGUCCUCACCACUACCACCACCUCAGCGCCCACAACCACCACCACUACCCCCAUCACAGGGACUACAGCCGCCACCACUACCACCACCACAGCACCCACAACACCCACCAGUACCCCCAUCACAGGGACUACACCCCCCCCCACCACCACCACAGUGCCCACAACCCCCACCACCACCCCCAUCACAGAGACUACAGCCAGCACCACUACCACCACCCCAGUGCCCACUACCCCCAUCACAGGGACUACAGCCCCCACCUCUACCACGACCUCAGCGCCCACCACCCCCACCACUACCCCCAUCACAGAGACUACAGCCCCCACCACUACCACAACCGCAGCGCCCACAACACCCACCAGUACCCCCAUCACAGGGACUACACCCCCCACCACUACCACCACCACAACGCCCACAACCCCCACCACUACCCCCAUCACAGAGACUACAGCCCCCACCACUACCACCACAACAGUGCCCACUUCCCCCACCACUACCCCCAUCACAGAGACUACAGCCCCCACGACUACCACCACCACAGUGCCCACAACACCCACCACUACCCCCAUUACAGGGACUACAGCCCCCACCACUACCACCACCUCAGUGCCCACAACCCCCACCACUACCCCCAUCACAGGGACUACAGUCCCCACCACUACCACCACCUCAGCACCCACAACCACCACCACUACCCCCAUCACAGGGACUACACCCCCCCCCACCACCACAACCACAGCGCCCACAACCCCCACCACUACCCCCAUCACAGAGACUACAGCCCCCACGACUACCACCACCACAGUGCCCACAACACCCACCACUACCCCUAUCACAGGGACUACAGCCCCCACCACUACCACCACCUCAGCGCCCACAACCCCCACCACUACCCCCAUCACAGGGACUACAGUCCUCACCACUACCACCACCUCAGCGCCCACAACCACCACCACUACCCCCAUCACAGGGACUACAGCCGCCACCACUACCACCACCACAGCACCCACAACACCCACCAGUACCCCCAUCACAGGGACUACACCCCCCCCCACCACCACCACAGUGCCCACAACCCCCACCACCACCCCCAUCACAGAGACUACAGCCAGCACCACUACCACCACCCCAGUGCCCACUACCCCCAUCACAGGGACUACAGCCCCCACCUCUACCACGACCUCAGCCCCCACCACCCCCACCACUACCCCCAUCACAGAGACUACAGCCCCCACCACUACCACAACCUCAGCGCCCACAACACCCACCAGUACCCCCAUCACAGGGACUACACCCCCCACCACUACCACCACCACAACGCCCACAACCCCCACCACUACCCCCAUCACAGAGACUACAGCCCCCACCACUACCACCACAACAGUGCCCACUUCCCCCACCACUACCCCCAUCACAGAGACUACAGCCCCCACGACUACCACCACCACAGUGCCCACAACACCCACCACUACCCCCAUUACAGGGACUACAGCCCCCACCACUACCACCACCUCAGUGCCCACAACCCCCACCACUACCCCCAUCACAGGGACUACAGGACUACACCCCCCCCCCACCACCACCACAGCGCCCACAACCCCCACCACCACCCCCAUCACAGAGACUACAGCCCCCACCACUACCACGACCUCAGCGCCCACAACACCCACCAGUACCCCCAUAACAGGGACUACACCCCCCACCACUACCACCACCACAGCGCCCACAACCCCCACCACUACCCCCAUCACAGAGACUACAGCCCCCACCACUACCACCACCACAGUGCCCAUAACCCCCACCACUACCCCCAUCACAGAGACUACAGCCCCCUCGACUACCACCACCACAGUGCCCACAACACCCACCACUACCCCCAUUACAGGGACUACAGCCCCCACCACUACCACGACCUCAGCGCCCACAACACCCACCAGUACCCCCAUCACAGGGACUACACCCCCCACCACUACCACCACCACAGCACCCACAACCCCCACCACUACCCCCAUCACAGAGACUACAGCCACCACCACUACCACCACCACAGUGCCCACAACCCCCACCACUACCCCCAUCACAGAGACUACAGCCCCCAUGACUACCACCACCACAGUGCCCACAACACCCACCACUACCCCCAUUACAGGGACUACAGCCCCCACCACUACCACCACCUCAGCGCCCACAACCCCCACCACUACCCCCGUCACAGGGACUACAACUACAGCCAGCCCCACUACCACCACCCCAGUGCCCACUACCCCCAUCACAGGGACUACAGCCCCCACCACUACCACCACCUCAGCGCCCACAACACCCACUACUACCCCCAUCACAGAGACUACAGCCCCCACCACUACCACGACCUCAGCGCCCACAACACCCACCAGUACCCCCAUCACAGGGACUACACCCCCCACCACUACCUCCACCACAGCGCCCACAACCCCCACCACUACCCCCAUCACAGAGACUACAGCCCCCACAACUACCACCACCACAGUGCCCACAACCCCCACCACUACCCCCAUCACAGAGACUACAGCCCCCACGACUACCACCACCACAGUGCCCACAACACCCACCACUACCCCCAUCACAGGGACUACAGCCCCCACCACUGCCACCACCUCAGCGCCCACAACCCCCACCACUACCCCCAUCACAGGGACUACAGUCCCCACCACUACGACCACCUCAGUACCCACAACCACCACCACUACCCCCAUCACAGGGACUACAGCCCCCACCACUACCACCACCACAGCGGACUACAGCCCCCACCACUACCACCACCUCAGCGCCCACCACCCCCACCACUACCCCCAUCACAGAGACUACAGCCCCCACCACUACCACGACCUCAGCGCCCACAACCCCCACCACUACCCCCAUCACAGGGACUACACCCCCCACCACUACCACCACCACAGCACCCACAACCCCCACCACUACCCCCAUCACAGAGACUACAGCCACCACCACUACCACCACCACAGCGCCCACAACCCCCACCACUACCCCCAUCACAGAGACUACACCCCCCACCACUACCACCACAACAGUGCCCACAACCCCCACCACUACCCCCAUCACAGAGACUACAGCCCCCACGACUACCACCACCACAGUGCCCACAACACCCACCACUACCCCCAUUACAGGGACUACAGCCCCCACCACUACCACCACCUCAGGACUACACCCCCCCCCACCAGCACCACAGCGCCCACAACCCCCACCACCACCCCCAUCACAGAGACUACAGCCCCCACCACUACCACGACCUCAGCGCCCACAACACCCACCAGUACCCCCAUCACAGGGACUACACCCCCCACCACUACCACCACCACAGCGCCCACAACCCCCACCACUACCCCCAUCACAGAGACUACAGCCCCCACCACUACCACCACCACAGUGCCCAUAACCCCCACCACUACCCCCAUCACAGAGACUACAUCCCCCUCGACUACCACCACCACAGUGCCCACAACACCCACCACUACCCCCAUUACAGGGACUACAGCCCCCACCACUACCACGACCUCAGCGCCCACAACACCCACCAGUACCCCCAUCACAGGGACUACACCCCCCACCACUACCACCACCACAGCACCCACAACCCCCACCACUACCCCCAUCACAGAGACUACAGCCACCACCACUACCACCACCACAGUGCCCACAACCCCCACCACUACCCCCAUCACAGAGACUACAGCCCCCAUGACUACCACCACCACAGUGCCCACAACACCCACCACUACCCCCAUUACAGGGACUACAGCCCCCACCACUACCACCGCCUCAGCGCCCACAACCCCCACCACUACCCCCGUCACAGGGACUACAACUACAGCCAGCCCCACUACCACCACCCCAGUGCCCACUACCCCCAUCACAGGGACUACAGCCCCCACCACUACCACCACCUCAGCGCCCACAACACCCACUACUACCCCCAUCACAGAGACUACAGCCCCCACCACUACCACGACCUCAGCGCCCACAACACCCACCAGUACCCCCAUCACAGGGACUACACCCCCCACCACUACCACCACCACAGCGCCCACAACCCCCACCACUACCCCCAUCACAGAGACUACAGCCCCCACAACUACCACCAACAUAGUGCCCACAACCCCCACCACUACCCCCAUCACAGAGACUACAGCCCCCACGACUACCACCACCACAGUGCCCACAACACCCACCACUACCCCCAUUACAGGCACUACAGCCCCCACCACUGCCACCACCUCAGCGCCCACAACCCCCACCACUACCCCCAUCACAGGGACUACAGUCUCCACCACUACCACCACCUCAACCCCCACCACCACCCCCAUCACAGAGACUACAACCCCCACCAUUAUCACCACCACAGCGCCCACAACCCUCACCACUGCCCCCAUCACAGGGACUACAACCCCGACUCCUAGCCCCAGGAUAGGGACCACAACCACCACCACUAUCACCACCACUGAGAUCUCAACCCCGACUCCAAGUAUCCUCACCACCAGCACGGAGACCCCGACUCCUACAGGCACAAGAUCCACUGGUGUGACCAGCACGCCAAAACCCUCGCCUGAGUCCUCCUCCCCUCCAACCUCUCAGUCCACCUCCCCCUCCUCCACGGCAUCAACCACACUGCUGACCACCACCCCAAUGAUCGUGGAGACAUCCAGCACACCUUGGCCCCCAACACCAACAGCACCAACGGUCACUACACCCUCUCGUCCGCCCAGCCCCGGCACCACCACUCCAGGCACGCAGACCUCAGGUCCCACCCCAUCGAAGACCACCCCCACCAGCGGGACCACCACUGGGCCCCCCUCGCCCACCACGGCACCCCCCUCCACACCCACUCCUGUGACUGUCUCAACAACCACCACAGGAACCUCCACCCUGACCUCGACCACGCCGCCCAUGCCACAGACCACCAGCACCUCGACCACCAGUGUGUCCACCCCUACCUCCACCCCACUUAACACCUCGAGCACCGUCAUCACCACCAGCUCGUCCACUGGCUCCCCGCACAAACACUGCUGUGUUCUGAACCACACGGACCACAUGAACCACACGAACCACACGCACUACUACGCCCCGGGUGAGCUGGUGUACAACGGCACGCAUGGAGACACCUGCUAUUACGUGAACUGCUCUCUGAACUGCUCCCUCCAGUUCUUCAACUGGUCCUGCCCGUCCACACCCUCCCCACCAUCCAGCCCAUCCACGCCCACGCCCCACCUGUCCACAACAUCCAGCGUGCUGACCACCACCCAGCACCCUGGGUGCCCAGACUUUAACCCUCCCAGAAAGGUGAACGAGACGUGGUGGAUCUGUAACUGCACCAUGGCCACGUGCAAGCACGACAACACUGUGGAGAUCGUGCAGGUGGAGUGCAAGCCCCCGCCCAUGCCCACCUGCUCCAACAAUCUCAAGCCCGUGCGUGUCCUGGACCCCGACGGCUGCUGCUGGCACUGGGAGUGCGACUGCUACUGCACGGGCUGGGGGGACCCGCACUACACCACCUUCGACGGGCUCUACUACAGCUACCAGGGCAACUGCACAUACGUGCUGGUGGAGGAGGUCAACCCCACAGUGGACAACUUUGGGGUCUACAUCGACAACUACCACUGCGACGUCAACGACCGCGUGUCCUGCCCCCGCACGCUCAUCGUGCGCCACGAGACCCAGGAGGUGCUGCUCAAGACCGUGCAGAUGAUGCCGCUGACCGUGCAGGUGCGGGUCAACAAGCAGGCCGUGGCGCUGCCCUACAAGAAGUACGGGCUGCAGGUGUACGAAUCGGGCUUCAAGUACGUGGUGGACAUCCCCGAGCUGGGCGCCCUCAUCUCCUACGACGGCCUCUCCUUCUCCAUCAGGCUGCCCUACCGCCUGUUCGGCAACAACACCAAGGGCCAGUGUGGCACGUGCACCAACACCACCUCGGACGACUGCGUGCUGCCCAGCGGGGAGAUCAUCUCCAACUGUGAGGUCGCAGCUGACCAGUGGGUGGUGAACGACCCCUCCAAGCCGCACUGUCCCCACUCCAGCUUCACCACCCAGCGCCCGGCUAUCACGACAGCGGGGGCCAGCGGCACCACCCUACGCAAGGGUUGUGCGUCUCCUCUCUGCGAGCUCAUCCAGGACAGCUUGUUCGCCGAGUGCCACGCCCUGCUGCCCCCCCAGCACUACUACGAUGCCUGCGUGUUCGACAGCUGCUUGGUGCCUGACUCGGGCCUGGAGUGCAUCAGCCUGCAGACCUAUGCGGCCCUCUGUGCCCGGGAGGGCGUUUGCAUCGACUGGCGGAGCCACACCCACGGGGCCUGUUCGGUGACAUGCCCGUCUCACAGGGAGUACCGGGCCUGUGGUCCUGCGGAGGAACCCACCUGCGAGUCCAGCUCCUCGCAGCAGAACAGCACCAGCCUGGAGGGCUGUUUCUGUCCCGAGGGUACCGUCAACUACGCCCCUGGCUUUGACGUCUGUGUGGAGUUCUGCGGCUGUGUGGGACCUGACAACGUGCCAAGAAAGUUUGGGGAGCACUUCGAGUUCGACUGCAAGGACUGCGUCUGCCUGGAGGGCGGAAGAGGCAUCAUCUGCCAGCCUAAGACAUGUCGCCAGAAGCCCCUCUCUCAGUGCGAGGAGGAUGGCACCUACCUGGUCACGGAGGUUGACCCCGCUGACACCUGCUGCCACGUUACCUCCUGCAAGUGCAAUGCCAGCCUGUGCAAGGAGAACCCUCCCACAUGCUCUCUGGGAUUUGAGUUGAAGAGCGAGAUGGUAGCCGGAAGGUGCUGCCCCUCGUACUCUUGCGUGCCCAAAGGCGUGUGUGUUAUCGGGAAUGCUGAGUACCAGCCUGGUUCUCCAGUUUAUUCCUCCAAGUGCCAGAGCUGCAUCUGCACCACCAGCAGCAACAGCACCACACAGCUCAACGUCAUCUCCUGCACCCACGUGCCCUGUAGCACGUCCUGCAUCCCUGGCUACGAGCUCGUGGAGGCCCCUGGGGAGUGCUGCAUGAAGUGUGAGCAGACCCACUGCAUCAUCAACCGGCACAACAUCCAGUACAUUCUGAAGCCCGGGGAGAUAAAGCAGGACCCCACCAACAACUGCACCUUCUUAAGCUGUGUUAAAAUCAACAACCAUCUCAUCUCUUCCCUCUCCGACAUCACCUGCCCUGACUUUGACCCCAGUAUCUGCCUCCCGGGUUCUAUCACACUCACGCCCAACGGCUGCUGCAAGACAUGCAUCCCCCGCAAUGAGACCAGGGCCCACUGUUCCACCAUCCCCAUCACCAAGAGGAUUUCACACAGCGGCUGCACCAAGUUGGUCACCAUGAAUUACUGCUCCGGCUCCUGCGGGACCUUCGCCAUGUACUCCGCCGAGGCCCAGGCGCUGGACCACAGGUGCAGCUGCUGCAAGGAAGAGCGCACCAGCCAGCGGAAGGUGAUGCUGGACUGCGCCCACGGCAGCUCGCUGAACUACACCUACACCCACAUCGAGAGCUGCCGCUGCCAGGACACCACAUGCGAGCUCCUGCCCACCGAGAACAGUGCCUCUCGCCGCCACAGGCGCUCCACCCCCAGGGCCCUGGGUCCGUGAAGCGGGCGAGCAGGGUGGGCAUGCCGCCCAGGCCCCGCUCCCCACCGUCCUCCGCAGCGUCCCGCUGAGCCUCUGAGCUUCCUCACCUCCUGCGCUGGCUUCCUCUCUGCGGAUAUUUAUUUUCCGAGCCUUUGUUCACUUCUUUGCUUUCCCAAAUAAAUUUGGGCAGAGAUGCUGUG